AAACGUUGUCACUUUCACGUGCAAGGGUAUUUUGGUCAAAUCAAAAUCAUCUUCUCAUAGAUAAAUCGCGGGGGGUGGGUUGCGUGGGAUUUCGAUCGCUGAAGAUUGGAGAGACUCAAUUGUUUCAUCCCAGACAGUAAAAAUGGUUGCCACGGACAAGGAUCCUCGAGAGGAAGUUAUUCAAGCAUGGUAUAUGGAUAGUUCUGAUGCAGAUCAGAGACUGCCACAUCACAAAGAACCCAAGGAGUAUGUAUCAUUGGACCAGCUUGCUGAACUUGGAGUUCUCAGCUGGCGAUUAGAUGCUGAUAAUCAUGAGACAGACCCAGAGUUGAAAAAGAUUCGGGAAGAUCGUGGUUACAGCUACCAGGAUGUUUGUGAAGUUUGCCCAGAAAAAUUGCCUAAUUAUGAAGAGAAGAUCAAAAGCUUUUUUGAGGAGCAUCUUCAUACUGAUGAGGAGAUUCGGUACUGUGUUGCUGGAAGUGGUUAUUUUGAUGUCAGGGAUCGCAAUGAUGCUUGGAUUCGUGUAUGGGUAAAGAAAGGAGGAAUGAUCAUCUUGCCUGCUGGGAUUUAUCAUCGCUUUACUCUGGAUGAAAGCAACUAUAUCAAGGCUCUUCGAUUCUUUGUUGGCGAACCAGUUUGGACUCCAUACAAUCGUCCUCACGAUCAUCUUCCUGCAAGAAAGGAAUAUAUCAAUUCUUUUGUGGAGAAGGAUGUCGCAAACCAUGCUGUUGAUGCUACGGCCUAGAGAUCUACUUCUGUUAUUGGUCUAAUUAUAAUAAUUAUAAUUAUAACUAUAAUUGGAAUGAGUGUGAGAAGGCCUGAGCUUUUGCUGCUAAAAAAAAUGUGGGCUCAUUAAAUAAAGAUGCUUGCUUGAUGUCUUGGCUCUGUUCGAGGGACAUCUAGGAGUUGAUAAUGAUACAAUGUACAAAGUUUAUGCUGUUGCUAUUUCGCCACUCGCUGUAUAAUUAAGGAUUGUCUUGGUGGUUGUUCCGAGUUAUCCUCA